GCCGUAGAGCUAGCCGCGCACGCAGCUCUCCGGAGCGCGUGCAGCCGAGCGCCCCGGCCGCGGUUCCCGGGCAGGCGCUGCGGGCUCCCCGGCUCCCCGCCGCCCCCGGCACCCGGGCGGGCCAUGCUCCCGGGCUAGAGCGUAGCCGCCGGCAUGCCGCUCCCGCUGCUGCUCGCCGCGCUCUGCCUCGCCGCCUCCCCGGAGCCCGCGCGCGCCUGCCAGCUGCCGUCGGAGUGGAGACCCCUGAGCGAAGGCUGCCGCGCCGAGCUGGCCGAGACCAUCGUGUAUGCCAAGGUGUUGGCGCUGCACCCCGAGGUGCCCGGCCUCUACAACUACCUGCCGUGGCAGUACCAAGCUGGAGAGGGAGGGCUCUUCUACUCCGCCGAGGUGGAGAUGCUGUGUGACCAGGCUUGGGGCAGCAUGCUGGAGGUGCCCGCCGGUUCCCGGCUCAACCUUACGGGUCUGGGCUACUUCUCCUGCCACUCCCACACGGUGGUCCAGGACUACUCCUAUUUCUUCUUUGUAAGGAUGGAUGAAAACUACAAUCUCUUGCCCCACGGAGUCAAUUUCCAAGAUGCCAUCUUUCCAGACACACAGGAGAACAGAAGGAUGUUUUCCAGUCUUUUCCAGUUUGCUAACUGUUCCCAAGGGCAGCAGCCGAUGACUUUCUCGAGUGACUGGGAGAUCCAAGAAGACAACAGGCUCAUGUGCUCCUCGGUGCAGAAAGCCCUGUUUGAGGAAGAGGACCAUGUCAAGAAGCUGCAGCAGAAGGUGGCCACCCUGGAGAAGCGGAACAGGCAGCUCCGAGAGCGGGUCAAGAAGGUCAAGAGGUCUCUGAGGCAGGCACGGAAGAACAGCCGCCACCUGGAGCUGGUGAACCAAAAACUCAAUGAGAAGCUAGGGGGCGCAAGUGCCCAGCAGCACAUCAACGCUCUGGGCCGGGAGCCCGCGCGCGCCCCCUAUCUGCAUGGGUAGCAGGUGCAGGUAGAUGCAGGCCUGCUUUGCCUGUGUCGGUUGACAGAGAACAAAUGCAGGCUCUCUAUAUGCACUUAUUUCAAACAUUAUAGGAGAUAUCCGUUAGGCAUUUGGUAGAGUCUAACUGGGUAAAGUGGCAAGUCUUGCUUUCUUUCCCAUUGGGUGCUGGCCUUAUUGGCCAUUCGGCUUCAGAUGCCACGUGCAGCAUACCCUCCUUCUGUCCUGGUGCCACACAAGGGCCUUAAAAUUGGAAGGCAAUAGGAUCUUAAGUCUGGCCCUCAGCCUCUAGAGGGUCCCUUCAUUGGGGAGAGAACAUUCUAGAACCUCGGUAUACACGAAGAUAUCAAGGGACUCUGCUUUUAUUUCAGAAGAGAGUCAGUGUUGAGUCUUAGCAACCAGAGCUGACACAUGCAUGCACUGUUCGGAAACAUUCUGGAAUGUUCUGUUUUUUUUCCCCCAUGUCUUUAGAAACAGGGUGCCUAUGUGUAAAUAUGCAGGGCACGCACCCGUACUUCAGUCAGCAUUUCUCCCAUAGCCGAAGCUUGUUAAGACUUAAUGAGUUCAUCACAGGUAAGGGAACUGGGCAAGGAGCUGAGGCGGCCAGUAAUUGGUAAAGAUAAAUGUUAUCUGUUUUCCAACCCCAGCUCUCCAGGGCUGACAUGAUUGCCUACAGGAUGUUUUAAUCUGAAGAGUAAUUGCUUUUAUGGAUACACCAUAUUUCAUCACCCAUAUUCCCAAAUAGGAAUUAUGCUCAGCCAUUCUGGAGUCUUAACCUUGUGUUUGCUCAGCUUGCCAUGUCUUUGAGUACGAGGUCACUGACCCCAACACACUGAGACUUUCUACUCUGCAAAUACACUUCCCUGUGUAAAGGGAUUCAGUAAGGUCUAUGUUCCCAUUUAGGCUCCCAGAGGGCUUUGUCCAGGGAUUCUAACCUAAGCUUCUGCAACCUCCAGUCCUCUGCCCUGAAACACACACACACACACAUGCUCUCUGCUCGGGUUCCCAUAAAAGGUCUACCGGUACCCCGAUAGGAGUAUUUGCAUAACAGACACUUUCUUUUAAUCAAUUUUUUUAAUCAGUAAGAGUGUUCUCACUAUCCUUACCAUGGCCAUAUUUUAUCUUGUCCCAGCUGUGUUACUAAGAAGUCAGCUGAGUGGCUGCUGCUUCAUCUCUCCUGAUGGUGGUCCUCCAGAUCUAAUACCCUGCCACACUGUCCAACCAAUAGAAUGAAUCCUUUGGCUCUACACCAACGACCGCCCAGAACCCACUCCAGACACAUGGAGCUGUUAAAAGUGGCCAUUACUGUUACACUGCUACCUUUCUGCUUGUGGGAAGUCCGAGCGUCUCUGUGAGAAGUACCUUGUAUUGCACGAGUAUUGGUGGGGGUAGGGAUAAGUCUACCCUCAGCUGGACAGGCAUGAUGGGAAGGAGCUUCUGUUCUGGGACCAAUCUUCAUCCACUCUCCCAGUGCUAUUCACAAUAUGCUACAUCCAUGUGCCUUCUCGUUAGUUCUCCCUGGGAACAUUAAGUUAAAGCGGUUUCGUCACCUCCCAAGGGAAUGGUAAGCUUAGAGGUGAUAGAGCCAGGACUCGGAGACCUGUGGAAGCCACAGAUGCCUUAUGUUCUGCUUUUCCAAUAAACAUGAGCAGUGGUUCCAAUGGCUGU